AUGUCGUCCCGCAGACCGCCGAGAGGAGAAUACAUCGAGACAGACACGGGCAAUAAAGUGGCUCGCAAGGCGACCCUCGUGGGAACCCAAAACAUUAUGCUCGGCGGCAAGACCGUCAUUCAACCCGAGGCCAUGAUCCGGGGCGACUUGAUUCGGACCAUCCAGGCACAGCCACAGUCGGGUGGUGCCGCUCCGAAUAACACGGCCGUGUCGAUUGGGCGCUACUGCUUCCUAAGCCGGGGCUGCUGUCUGCGUCCCCCAGGGCGUCUGUACAAGGGCGCUUUCACCUUCAUGCCCCUCCGCAUGGGCGACCACGUCUUCGUCGGCGCCGGCUCCGUCGUGCAGGCCGCCUCGGUCGGCAGCCACGUCCACAUCGGCGCCAGGGUCUCGAUCGGCGAGUUCGCCAUCAUCAAGGAAUACGUGCGCAUCCUCGACGGCACUGUCGUCCCUCCCAACAUGGUCAUCCCGAGCUUCAGUAUUGUCGCGGGGCAGCCAGCCCGCCUAAUUGGAGAAGUCCCCGAGGGCGGCCACGAGGCGUUCGAGCUGCGCGAUCUCUACAAGACGGUCGGCAACAACCCCCAGCCUAUGCCGGUAUGA